AUGUCCAGUGAUGGCAGAACCGAGUGCACAAGACAGGCUACUGCAUCUUGGAUUGACCGAGUUGCGGUAAGCAAAUUGAAAGAACCAUUUAAAAUCUUUUGGAUCAGCCUCCUCUCAAGAAUCAUUUUUUUGAAGUCCAUGAAAGCUACGGAAGUACAAGCAAUUGGUCGAUAUUUGCUUGCGGCUUUUUUGGCAUUG